AUGUCUAAAGCUGUUGGUAUUGAUUUAGGUACUACUUACUCCUGUGUUGCUCAUUUCUCCAAUGAUCGUGUCGAAAUUAUCGCUAACGAUCAAGGUAACAGAACCACUCCAUCUUUCGUCGGUUUCACUGACACUGAAAGAUUGAUCGGUGAUGCUGCUAAGAAUCAAGCUGCUAUGAACCCAUCUAACACUGUUUUCGAUGCUAAGCGUUUGAUUGGUAGAAACUUCAGUGACCCAGAAGUUCAAGGUGAUAUGAAGCAUUUCCCAUUCAAGUUGGUUGAUGUCGAAGGUAAACCACAAAUUCAAGUUGAAUUCAAAGGUGAAACUAAACAAUUCACUCCAGAACAAAUCUCUUCUAUGGUUCUAGGUAAGAUGAAGGAAACUGCUGAAAGUUAUCUAGGUUGUGAUGUUAAGGAAGCUGUUGUUACCGUUCCAGCUUACUUCAACGAUUCUCAAAGACAAGCUACUAAGGAUGCUGGUACUAUUGCUGGUCUAAACGUUCUAAGAAUUAUUAACGAACCAACUGCCGCUGCCAUUGCUUAUGGUCUAGAUAAGAAGGGUAAGGAAGAACAUGUCCUAAUUUUCGAUUUAGGUGGUGGUACUUUCGAUGUCUCUCUAUUAUCUAUUGAAGAUGGUAUCUUCGAAGUUAAAGCUACUGCUGGUGACACUCAUUUAGGUGGUGAAGAUUUCGAUAACAGAUUAGUUAACCAUUUCGUUCAAGAAUUCAAGAGAAAGAACAAGAAGGAUAUUACUACUAACCAAAGAGCUCUAAGAAGAUUAAGAACUGCUUGUGAAAGAGCUAAGAGAACUCUAUCUUCUUCUGCUCAAACUUCUGUUGAAAUCGACUCUCUAUUUGAAGGUAUUGAUUUCUACACUUCCAUUACUAGAGCUAGAUUCGAAGAAUUAUGUGCUGAUCAAUUCAGACAAACUCUAGACCCAGUCGAAAAGGUUCUAAGAGACUCUAAAUUAGACAAAUCUCAAGUUGAUGAAAUUGUUCUAGUUGGUGGUUCUACCAGAAUUCCAAAGGUUCAAAAGCUUGUCACUGAUUUCUUCAACGGUAAGGAACCAAACAGAUCUAUUAACCCAGAUGAAGCUGUUGCUUACGGUGCUGCUGUCCAAGCCGCUAUCUUAACUGGUGACCAAUCUUCUAAGACUCAAGAUCUAUUGUUGUUAGAUGUUGCUCCAUUAUCUCUAGGUAUUGAAACCGCUGGUGGUGUUAUGACCAAGUUGAUUCCAAGAAACUCUACUAUUCCAACCAAGAAGUCUGAAACUUUCUCCACUUACGCUGAUAACCAACCAGGUGUUUUGAUUCAAGUCUUUGAAGGUGAAAGAGCUAGAACGAAGGAUAACAACAUUCUAGGUAAGUUUGAAUUAUCUGGUAUUCCACCAGCUCCAAGAGGUGUCCCACAAAUUGAAGUUACCUUCGAUGUUGAUUCUAACGGUAUCUUAAAUGUUUCCGCUGUUGAAAAGGGUACUGGUAAGUCCAACAAGAUUACCAUCACCAAUGACAAGGGUAGAUUAUCUAAGGAAGAUAUUGAAAGAAUGGUUUCUGAAGCUGAAAAGUUCAAGGAAGAAGAUGAAAAGGAAUCUGAAAGAAUUGCCUCCAAGAACCAAUUGGAAUCCAUUGCUUACUCUUUGAAGAACACUACUUCUGAAUCUGGUGACAAACUAGAAGAAGCUGACAAGGAAACCAUUAACAAGAAGGCUGACGAAGUCAUUGCUUGGUUAGACGCUAACACUACCGCUACCAAGGAAGAAUUCGACGAUCAACUAAAGGAAUUGCAAGAAAUUGCUAACCCAAUCAUGACUAAGUUGUACCAACAAGGUGGUGCCCCAGGUGGUAUGCCAGGUGCUCCAGGUGCCGGUGCUCCACCAGCUCCAGAAGCUGAAGGUCCAACUGUCGAAGAAGUUGAUUAA